UGCAAGUUCAAGCGCUACUCGAACUUUCAUCGACCAUCAACAAGCAAAUCUUCUCUGCUCCUACAUUUCCCUAGAAACACGAUGGCCAGGGGUCUGGCCCAGAAAGAAGACAGAGAGGCUAGGGAGACUCGGCUUCAACAGGCAAUAGCACAUGAUGAUGUUGAUGAGCUACACAACUUAAUCGGGGAGGAGCAUCAACUUCUAGAUCGUCAAUCUAGGGGUCCCUUCCAAAACACUCCACUACACAUUGCCGCGGCUGCCGGCAAAACUGACGUGGCCAUGGAGAUGGCCAUUUUGAAGCCGUCAUUCGCUCGGAAAUUGAAUUCAGAUGGUUACAGCCCCAUGCACUUGGCUUUGCAACAUGAAAAUUAUCUCACCGUGAGGGCACUUAAGACCUUCGACCCUAAGUUGAUCCGAGUCCGAGGACGACGGGGUAUGACCCCUUUACAUUUUGUUGCUGAGAAAGAAGGAGACAAUGAGCUCGAGCUCUUGGCGGAAUUUCUAUUUGCUUGCAAACCAUCCAUUAAAGACUUGACGAACCAAGGCGAGACUGCGGUUCACAUUGCCGUCAAGAACGGAAACCUCAAUGCAUUCAAUGUUUUGUUUGGAUGGCUUAAACGAGUCAAUCUAAUACAUAUCUUGAAAUGGAAAGACCACAGUGGUAAUACCGUCUUACAUAUUGCCGUGUUAAAAAAGCAGCCCAAGAUCAUCAAGCAGUUGAUUAAAUAUACGGAUGUAAAUGUGGAGAACUCUCAGGGUGACACAGCUCUGAAAAUCUUUGAAGAGAAUCCUUGGAAUGAUCAAGAAGUUGCAAAGAAGCUACAACCCAAAAGAUGUUCUACUCGUGAACCCCCCCUCUCUCUAUCAAAGUUUUUUAGCUCGCCACUAACUAGCCUAGAGAAGUAUGAAUUUUUCUUUGGCUUCGGAGAUGAAACGGCUCGCGACAUAAUCCUUUUAGUGUCAACCUUAAUUGCAACCGCCACUUACCAAGCUGCUCUUAGUCCUCCGGGAGGAUACUGGCAGGAUUCCUCUCCCCCUUCAAAUUCCUCGGCCGCCAACCCCAACGGCACUGAUACUGAAAAUCUACAUCAAGCCGGAGACAUCAUCAUGAAGGGCUGGAGUCUAUAUUUCUUCUCGAUUGUCAACAGCAUGGCUUUUUCACCUCCAUCGGCGCAAUCUGGGCCUCCGCUAUUCCACUAUUGCCUCGCACUAACAUGGUUUGCAUCGCUAUGGUCAUUCUCGGCACUGCCUUCUCUUAUAGUCUUGUGUCCCAAUUCCCCAAAUCUGAGGAGGGCCCAGCAAAUUUGCUCAGGGGAUUCUAUGUGUCGUUGGUGUUCGCCGGGUUGGUGAUCCCCGUGGUUGUUUGGAGAGUGCACGCCGGAAUCAUAAAGCGAAUCGAUGCCAAAGGAAGACCCAUCGACACCCUCCUAGGGUCAAACGGUCGAAAAUGCAAGCCUUGAUUCCUUUAGCUAUCUUUGUCGCAUAUCCAUGUAAUCCGUGUGUCUAGUCUUGAGGUUUGCAAGAACUAGAUUCUUUUCAUUAGUUGCUUAUUGAAGUCGGGUAUUACUUUCUCAA